AUGGCGAGCGCAGCUCCCUCUGAGAACGUGGACCGUGAGUUGAGCUGCUCCAUCUGCCUGGAUACGUUUGACUGCCCCUCCACGCUGAGCUGCGGCCUCGACGCCUGGAAGGAGACAUACUUCUACUGUUGCCCGCAGUGCCGCAAGGCCUUCCCUCGACGACCCCAGCUGACCAUAAACGAGACGAUCACCAACCUCAUAAAGCAGCUGCUGCAGACCAUGGCUGCUGUUGUUUUCUGUGACCACUGCCCAGAAGGCAAGACGCCUGCAGUGAAGACCUGCCUCAAGUGUGAGAUGGCCUUCUGCACGGAUCACCUCGUGCCUCACCUGGAGAGAGUGAAGUUGAAGGACCACGUCCUGGUUUCGCCAGAUGUGAACCCUGAAGAACGCAAGUGCAAGAGGCACAAAGAAGAGCUCAAGUUCUACUGCAAGCAAGACCUCAGCCUCGUGUGCAGGGACUGCACCAUCGAAGGAGACCACACGGGUCAUAAGUUCAUCACACUGGAGGAUGAGCAUCAGACACGGAAGAAUGGAGUCGGAGAAGAGACGCGAGCGGUGGAAGAGAAGAGGAAGAAGGCCGAGGCGUCCGUGGGACGGAUGGAGGCCGCUCGCAAGGCCGUGCAGGAUUCCAUGGCCCAGACCAAGGCUCGCAUCUCAGACGAGUUCACCCACAUGAGGGCGACGCUGGAUGAGGACGAGAGGGCAGCUCUGAACCACGUGGACAUGAAGGGACGUGAGCUGCUGUCCCAGAUCGAGGAGAACAUCGCUCAUUACGAGCGCGAGAUCAGCGACCUCCAGGCAGCAGCCACGCGCCUGCGCGCUCUACAAGAGGAGAGGGACUUGCUCACGUUCCUGCAGGUUCACCUGAAGGAGACAAACCGGAGAGACGCUCAGAAGGGAUCGCCACCCUCAUCUCCCAGUGAAGAAGAUAUCGCCUCAAUCAGCGCCCUGCAGGGAGCUGUGGUCAACCUUCUGGCAUUCAUGUAUGGACGCUCACCGAAUCUGGACCCAAACUCGGCCCACAACAACCUCCAGAUUUCCUCGGAUCUCAGGAACGUGACGCUGACCGCUGUCUCCCAGGGUCGCCCCGAUCACCCACACCGCUUUGAUGACUAUACACAAGCCCUGUGCUCCGAGAGCUUCUCGUCGGGUCAGCACUACUGGGAGGUGGACGUGGGGGGUGCGGCGGGGGACUGGGACGUUGGAGUCGCGUACAAGACGAUCGCACGGGAAGGGAGUGGUGACGAGUGCAGCCUGGGACAAAACGACUCAUCCUGGGUUUUAUGUAAAAUUAACAACAGCUGCUAUGUGUGGCAUAGUGGUGUGGAGACUUCAGUGCCGGUGAGGGAUCCUCCCCGGAGAGUCGGGUGUCACCUGAACUGGGAGGCGGGGCUGCUGUCGUUUUACUGCGCCGACUCCAUGGAGCUGCUGCACUCCAUUCACCACUCGUUUAGUCAACCUCUCUACCCUGGACUGUAUGUGUAUGGUGAUGAUGGUGACUCCAUGAAGAUUCUGGAUCUGAGUCGUGCGUCCUGA